AUGGCUGGUACACUAAAUGCAGCUUCGGACUCCGAAGAUUCAUGCUCUGAGAUAUCGUUUAUUGCGCAAGAUGAGAUAGAGACAAUUAUACAAGACGAACGGCCGCAAAAAAGGCGACGGCUAUCAGACUCCUCUGAAGGCUCCCUGAUAGCUUCAAAGACGCCAUAUCCAGUCCAGACCCUAUCGCGAAUUAAAAAGAAAGAAGUGAAGAGUGAAAAGGAUGAAGAGACCACAUCUCAGGCUGAUCCGGUUACCGCUAAUGAUGCGUUCGCAAUGGGGCUCCAGUCAGCAGAUUCUUCCUUUGCUUCUUUGGGACUUGCUCCAUGGCUAGUUAGCUCAUUGAAGGCGAUGGAAAUCAAGCGACCGACGGCAAUUCAAAAAAGCUGUAUACCAGAGAUAAUAAAGGGAAGGGAUUGUAUAGGUGGGAGUAGGACUGGUUCUGGAAAGACCGUUGCAUUUGCUGCUCCAAUACUGCAUAAGUGGUCCGCGGAUCCAUUUGGAAUAUAUGCUGUUAUAUUAACCCCAACGAGAGAACUUGCUCUUCAAAUUUUCGAACAAGUUAAAGCGAUCUCCGCGCCACAGUCUCUUAAGCCUCUUCUAAUAACUGGCGGGAGCGAUAUGCGACCGCAGGCGAUUGGACUCUCGCAGCGACCCCAUAUAGUCAUUGCGACGCCAGGCCGACUCGCAGACCACAUUAAGUCGUCUGGAGAAGAUACCAUUAUUGGAUUGAAGCGAGUCCGUAUGGUAGUUCUUGACGAAGCAGAUCGCCUUCUUACAAGUGGACCGGGGAGCAUGCUUCCUGACGUAGAGACAUGUUUGUCUGCUUUGCCGGCGUCUACAGAUCGUCAAACUCUUCUCUUUACAGCAACUGUUACCCCUGAGGUACGGGCGUUGAAGUCAAUGCCUCGAGCAAAGAAUCGACCUCCAAUCUUUGUUACUGAAAUCUCCACGGAAAAUACAACAAUACCUCCAACCCUAAAGCAGACAUAUCUCCAAGUGCCCCUGAACCACCGCGAGGCAUUUUUACAUGUGCUACUGUCUACAGAGGGGAACUCUUCCAAAUCUACCAUAAUCUUCUGUAACCGAACUAAAACAGCUGAUCUAUUGGAGCGCAUUCUUCGUCGCCUGUCACAUCGAGUCACCUCACUUCACAGUCUUUUACCCCAAUCCGAGCGAAUCGCUAAUCUUUCCCGCUUCCGCGCUUCUGCGGCUCGGCUGCUGGUCGCAACUGAUGUAGCAGCUCGUGGUUUGGAUAUCCCUUCGGUUGGGUUAGUUAUCAACUAUGACGUCCCCAGGAACCCAGACGACUAUAUUCAUCGGGUUGGUCGUACUGCUCGAGCUGGGCGAGAGGGUGAAGCUAUAACGCUCGUGGGCCAGAGAGAUGUCCAGCUAGUUAUGGCAAUUGAAGCUCGAGUUGGUAAACAGAUGCUAGCAUGGGAGGAGCCUGGAGUGAAUAUUGAAUCUCGAAUCGUGAAGGGAACGGUCUUGAAGGAAGUUGGCUCUACGAAACGAGAAGCAAUGGGUGAAAUUGACGAGGGAAGAGAUGUACUCGGCCGCAGGGUUAGGAAAUUGAAAAAGGUCUGUUAA